CCUUGUCUUCGCACCCCGUUGCCGGCGGCUGCUUCGGGCUUUGUCCCCAGGCGCCCGUGGCCCCCGCUCCCUCGCCCUCGGCAGCGCGCCGCGCCCCUCCCCGCCCCGCCCUCGGCAGCGCCGCCCCCGCCCGCCGGGGCCCGGGCUCUGCCGGGGGAGGAGGAGCCGGCGCCGGAGCUGGAGGAGGGAGCGGGAUCAGCGCUGCCGCCGCGGCCGGGCCCGUCUCCUGCCCUCUCCCCUCAACACCAUAGGCGGCUCCGGCACCAAGAUGUCCAACCGGGUGCUCUGCCGGGAGGCCAGCCACGCCGGCAGCUGGUACACCGCCUCAGGAGCUUCCACCUCUGCGGAACCAAUUCAGAUCCCCCGUGCUUCUUCUGGAGAAAACCCUAAACCUACAGGACCCCAGCUGAAUGCACAGCUAGAAGGUUGGCUUUCUCAAGUACAAUCUACAAAAAGACCUGCUAGAGCCAUUAUUGCGCCCCAUGCAGGAUAUACCUACUGUGGGUCUUGUGCAGCCCAUGCUUAUAAACAAGUGGAUCCUAACAUCACUAGGAAAAUUUUUAUUCUUGGGCCUUCCCAUCAUGUGCCCCUUUCCCGAUGUGCACUUUCCAGUGUGGACAUAUAUAGAACACCGCUGUAUGAUCUUCGAAUUGAUCAAAAGAUUUAUGGAGAAUUGUGGAAGACUGGAAUGUUUGAGCGUAUGUCUCUACAGACAGAUGAAGAUGAACACAGUAUUGAAAUGCAUUUGCCUUAUACUGCUAAAGCCAUGGAAAGCCAUAAGGAUGAGUUUACCAUUGUUCCUGUGUUGGUCGGAGCACUGAGUGAGUCAAAAGAACAGGAAUUUGGAAAACUCUUUAGUAAAUACCUAGCAGAUCCUAGUAACCUCUUUGUGGUUUCUUCUGACUUUUGCCAUUGGGGUCAAAGGUUCCGUUACAGUUACUAUGAUGAAUCCCAAGGAGAAAUUUAUAGAUCCAUUGAGCACCUAGAUAAAAUGGGUAUGAGCAUUAUAGAACAGCUAGACCCUGUAUCUUUUAGCAAUUACUUGAAGAAAUACCAUAAUACAAUAUGUGGAAGACAUCCCAUUGGGGUAUUAUUAAAUGCUAUCAAUGAGCUCCAGAAGAAUGGAAUGAAUAUGAGCUUUUCAUUUUUGAAUUAUGCCCAAUCAAGCCAGUGUCGAAACUGGCAAGACAGCUCAGUGAGUUACGCAGCUGGAGCACUGAUGGUCCACUGAAACUUUGAAUACUCAGGGAUGGCACCUGCACACACUCUCUAUACGGGGUCCCAGCCUAGCCCUUGCAAAGAUACAGUUCCUGGUCUUUGGGUAUACUGAAACCUCAAACUAAUAGAACUCUCUUCUUUUCUAGUAGGUGUAGUCCUUCCUUAGUUUCAACUCAUUUAAAAAUGCUUUCUUGUUUAGGACAAUGGAAAAAAGGCUGGUGUCUGUCAAUAUUUUGUGAUUUUAAAAGGUGAUGAUGAUUGUAAAGGCAUGGUGGCAGACAGUCCUUAAAAGUACAACAUGUAAAGCAUUUACCAUAUCCUAAAUUUGCACUCUUUGCAGACCUGUGCACAUGUACUCAGCUUUCAGAAUAGUUUUGCAAGUUGUAAACAGAAAAAAGGGGUGGAAGCUUUUUAAUAAAAAUGCAUUUAUAAAUGAUCCUGUAUUAGAAUAUAAUAAAUCUCCAGUAUAGUCAGUUACUACCCGUGUUGUACAACAGAUAUCUUCUAUUUUAGUUGCUAAUAAAGGGCUACACAAACCAAAA